AUGCGCGCGGGCGCUUGGGCCGUGUGGGCGGCGUUGUGCGCAUGCGCGCUGGCGUCGGGCGAGUUGCGCGUGCUGCAGGCGGACGCGCGCGCCGCUUUCUACGUGGGCAUCGCCGCGCCGCCCUCGGCCGCCGCCGUCGUGCGCGCCUUUAACAAGAGCCUCGCGGAGAUCUCGCAGACGUACCUCGCCGGCGACUAUCCGCUGCAUCUCCGCAAUAUCACCCUGCUGCCGCUUUACAUCGAGUUGCCCGAAGAUGAAAGGUUCAGUGCGCGCAUGCUCGAGCGUACGUGCCACGCGUUGGGAGGUCGGCGCGUGGCUACGCUGCUCGUGGUCGGCGGCGGCGCGGCGGCGGCGGCCGUCGUGACGGCGGCGGCGCGCGCCGGCGUGCCGGUGCUGAGAGCCUCGCCUUCACACCUGCAUCUCUCUUAUACUAUCGCCAACGAAAUACUUCCAAUGGAAAUCCGUUUAGAAAUUACAGCAAGGGAAACUUUAAACGCACUCAGGGCUACUCUUCUGCAUACUCACUGGCAUACUUUUACUGUGCUUGCCGAGGAAGACAUCUAUUCAACUUUAAAACUGCGAAAAGAUCUCUCGUCGAUACUAGACACCCAACCACUGGAUCCUAAUUGGCUUUUUCUUCCUUCAAAGUUUUCACGACAUGCUAUUUUUCGGAAACUCGCUAAGAUUUCCAGGCUGACUCGGGGCGUCGUCGUACUGAUAUGUGAUAUCCAUUACGCUAAGCUUAUUAUGGAUGAGGCUAAACGUUUUAACAUGCUUGAUGGUCAUUUUUUUUGGUUAUGGAUUGACGCAUCCCGAGAGAUCGAUGUCUUCCGCAACAUCGGUAACCGAACACAGUACAGCGAUGCCGACAAUUUAGACUUUGAUAGCAUAAGAGAUAAGGAAGAAGCACUGAGAAGCGAGGAAUUCGAGCGCAGUAAACGCGGUGAUGUAGACAAUAAUUUGUUAAAAGAUAUUAACGAUCAUGUUCCUGCGAAAUACCUUGAGGAGGUUUUGAAUGGAAGUUCAAAUGAAGAAAAUCGAUUUUUAGUAAAUAAUAAUUCAAUAAAUUCAGUUUUUCAUCAUUUAAGUAGGAAUAAAAGUAAAUCAGAAGCGCACAGUAUUAACAAAAAAAUAUUAAAUAUAAGUUUUAGUCAAUCGUAUGAAAGUAGGCGCAAUAUUAGUAUGGAGAGUGUAAAAAAUAAUAAUGUAAAUAAGAAAGGCGUUGAAACUUCUAAAAUUGAAAACAAUUCUAUCGAGAAGGAUAAACUGUCCUUCCAUGUAAGAAAUAACGGUAGACGUAAUAGUUAUAGCAAAAUGAAAAAUGAAUCUUUUAACAAAUAUGUAUAUAGUAUAAAUAAAAAUAACGUAUAUAAUGAAAUGAAAACAUUAUUGCAAAGAGAUAUAAAUACUGAAGAAGAUGUACAUGUAAGGCGUAGGUUAGCACUCACAAGUGAUACUAGUGAUUUCUUAAUGAAUCCCACGGUGCAGACCUCCACGUAUAAAAUAAGAGAAUCGAUUGAAAAGCGAGGAGAAAGAAAACUCAACAAAGAAUAUGACAUUGAUGAUAUAUCGGAAGCAAUGAAAGACAACAUUACUACUAUAAUUGACAGUCUUCCUGUUGGACUAUUAGCUUUACAUCCCCAGCCAAUGAAAAUCGAUCGUUCAUUCGUCCGAGCGGCAGUGCGCAUGGCGGUGGGCGCGUUGCGGCGCGUUUUGCGUGCGUGCGACGCAUGGUCGGCCCAAGCGCAGUUCCUUAGCGAUGCCGCAGCCUCCUGUUGGGAAGAGCCCAGUGACGCUGCCGCCGACUUUUCUGCUGAUUUUGUCAGAGAAACCCGGAUUACAUCAGCAGCGGCACUUGCCGGAGGCACCGAGCGACCAGAACCCGCGUUGACGUCUUCAUUUACUUUUUUCAACUUGGUGCCCGGACCCACAGGGGGUAAUGUUUGGAGACAAGUAGGCCAUAUUCACGGGCGCAUGGUGAGGUUACACACCAUCGUUUGGCCCGGUGGUCGGCUUGUCGCUCAUGGCCAGUCCGCGGGCGCCCGCACCAUAUACCGCAUCGUCACCGCCUUAGCACCACCAUUCGUAAUGGAAGGAGAACUAGACGAAGACGGUCAAUGCCUAAGAGGACUCCCCUGCCAUCGACCACAAACUUCUGAUAAAGACAACCUCACCCUUGCUUUUAAUGACUUGGAAAGGGAUGAUGAUGACCAUCACCCUACUGAUUUUUUCUUUCCUACACCCAAACCUACGAAUCUUCCAAAAAUGGCUACCCACUGUUGCUACGGACUAGCGAUGGAUUUAUUAGAAAAUAUUGCCCAGGAAUUGGAAUUUGAUUUUCAUUUAUAUCUAGUCGAAGAUGGACUUUAUGGAUCUCGAAAACUAGUGAGAUCUUUUAGUAAACUGCAUGAGUUUACAAACUUUUUGAAUGAUGAGCCCAUGUUUACUAUGUCAGAACACCUUAAUUAUCGAGCCCAGUUUCGAAAUGGCUUCAAAGCCAAUAGUAAAGAGCAAUACAGUGAGCCGAAUUAUGAUGAUAAUAUAGACGAAGAGAGCCAGAAAUGGAAUGGAAUUGUCGGAGAUUUAGUAUCGGGAUCCGCCCACAUGUCUUUCGCGGCACUCAGCGUGUCUGCGGCACGCGCGGAAGUGAUCGACUUCAGUCAACCUUAUUUUUAUAGUGGCAUAUCACUUUUAGCAGCUCCUAACCAAAAGGCCGAUAUACCCUUGUUAGCGUUUCUAUUGCCAUUUUCAACUGAAUUAUGGAUUGCCAUUUUUUUGUCCCUAAAUGUGACCGCCAUCGCGGUAGCCAUUUACGAGUGGCUGUCACCGUUUGGUUUAAAUCCUUGGGGCCGACAGAGGUCAAAGAACUUUAGCCUUUCUAGCGCGCUAUGGGUGAUGUGGGGCCUUUUAUGUGGACAUUUAGUAGCAUUUAAAGCUCCUAAGAGUUGGCCUAAUAAGUUCCUUAUAAAUGUCUGGGGUGGCUUUUCUGUGAUAUUCGUUGCCAGUUACACUGCCAAUAUUGCCGCUCUAAUAGCAGGAUUAUUUUUUCACAACGCUGUUGAUGACUACCAAGGACGGAAUAACUGGCUUUCUUUGCGAGUGGGUACAGCUAAAUCAUCCAUAUCAGAGUACUACGUUCAAAGAGGCAAUCCACAAUUGGCACAAAGGAUGAGAGGCUACGCACUUCAGAACAUUGAAGAAGGCAUUCAACGAUUGAGGAAUCGAACGUUGGACCUUUUGAUAGCAGAUACUCCUGUUUUAGACUACUACCGCGCCACUGAUCACGGGUGCAAGCUGCAGCGCGUAGGAGACCACGCUUUCAUUGAAGACACCUAUGCUAUAGGAAUGACCAAGGGAUUUCCUUUACAGAAAAGUAUAUCAGCAGCGAUAGCCAAGUAUUCAACGAAUGGGUACAUGGAUAUAUUAACUGAUAAGUGGUAUGGAGGAUUACCAUGUUUCAAACUAAGCCAAGACUAUGGAAUUCAGCCAAAACCGCUUGGUGUAGCGGCUGUGGCGGGCGUGUUCCUCCUGCUCCUCGUGGGGAUGAUCGUUGGGUUCCUCAUAUUGAUUCUGGAACAUUUGUUCUAUAAAUACACGUUGCCUGUUUUGCGACAUCAACCUAAAGAUGCUGUUUGGAGAAGCAGAAACGUUAUGUUUUUCAGUCAGAAACUCUACAGAUUUAUUAACUGUGUGGAACUUGUUUCGCCACAUCACGCCGCACGAGAACUAGUAAACACUAUUCGGCAGGGACACUUUACGUCGCUUUUCCAGAAAAGUGUUAAAAGGAAGGAACACGAACAGCGCAGAAGGAGACGGAGUAAAGCGCAGUUUUUUGAAAUGAUUCAAGAAAUUCGAAGGGUUCAACAAGGACGUGAUCAAUCACUGGAUUCUAUAAAGGAGCACGUGGCUGUAGAAACAUCUGAAGUCUCAGAAGAAUUGACGGAAUCAAAGUUCCUGUCCCCUUCACCUGAGGUACCCUCUCGCUCGCCUCGAUCGGGUCGGUCUCCUCGGCAGCUCCGCUCUCCACGAGGUAGACGAAAAAGAUGCAGUUUGGCCGGACUUAAUGUUAGGAGAUUCAGCACAGAUUCGGUCCUAGGAUCAGAUUCAGGAUCAAUUUAUGAGCGGACGAGUCUUAACAUUGGAAGAAGACUAAGUCGUGACGUCAGCUGCUUGACUAGUUCUCCUCCUGACAUAAAUACCCGGUUGCGAACACCAUCACCAAUGGUUAGACGUGCUGAGGGAUCAUCUACAAGAUCGUAUCAAGAUGUAUCAGAAAGGUCAGAAAAAUCAGAGAGGUAUUUAAGCUCUGACGGACCGCGUUCGCGAGCUAGCGUAGAAAUUUUAGUAUCUGAAGAACAAGACGUGCCUCCAGCGCCACCUUAUCCUAGAGUAUCUCCGACCGGAGGAAGAUCAGAACUUUCGCAACUGUCAGAGGAAGAACUCAUUAGAUUAUGGCGAAGUUCGGAAAGAGAAGUGAGAGAGGCACUGUUAGCAGCAUUGCAAGAAAGACGGGCGAACUUAGAUCCAAAACAAGAUCCAGGAUGAAGGAGCUACACGUGAACUUUUGAAAUACAUCUGAAAGGCGUAUGUUUGAGGAAUUCUCAUUCUGGUUGGGUCACUUUGCGUGAAAGCAUUGGGUUCGGAACGAGGAUGAUCUGAGUUGUUAUGAUAGUGCCUUUUUAAAUUGUUUGAUGCGGACCCAUCUUGCAGGCGUUAGACAAUCGGUGUUCAUUUCAGUGUCUUGAUAUGACUACCAAGUUAGAGGCUGCCUUAUUGUAUCGUUAUUGCCUCUUACUUUUUAAUCCGCCUCAAACAAUCUAAAUAGGGUACUCGGUAAAG